AUGUCUCUGCAGGCUGACUUUGACAGAGCCAUGGAAGACGUGAGGAAAUUGAAAACAAGACCAGAGGAUGAAGAACUGAAGGAACCCUAUGGGCUUUACAAACAAGCUAUCAUUGGAGACAUUAAUAUUGCGUGUCCAGUCAUGCUAGACUUGAAGAGCAAAGUCAAAUGGGAAGCCUGGAGCCUUCAAAAAGGGCUAUCCAAGGAAGAUGCCAUGACUGCUUAUCUUUCUAAAGCGAAAGAGCUGAUAGAAAAAUACAGAAUUUAG